GCCGCGGCCACAGCAUCGGUUGAGGGAAGAAGGAUCAGCACUAACUAGCAGACUUGUCUGUAGAGAAAGAAGAGAGAUGAUGUAUUAAUGUUUUAAAGCUUCAUACAAGGAUUAUACGUAGGCCUAUUUACUGUAAAAGCUAUUCAUACAGUUUUCCACUGGAAGUCUCGAAGAAGAAGAAAAACUCUUGUGUGAGAAGAAGACCUUUCAUAUCUAUGGAAGAGAGUGCCAAACACUUUGGACAGGGGCUGUAGAUGUCUUCUGUGUAUGCUUUGUGGUUAUGAACUUCAGUGGGUUUUGAGCGCAAGAGACUCGUCGCUUUAAAUCUCAAACACUGAGGAAAAGUCCUGAAGAUGAAGGGAGCAAUGGCAGCACUUCAACUCUGUUUGUAUACCUUGGCCGUAAAGGUGGCGUUUGGUAAGGUCUGUACCAGCGAGCAGUUUACAAAAACAGGAGAAUGUUACAGCAUGUGUGCUGCGGGCACUGGUUUGGCAAACAGCUAUGGUCAGGAAGACACCAAGUGUCAGCCGUGUCAAGAUGGUGUGUCGUUCUCAGACUCUGAGAGUCUUUUAGCCUGUCGUCUGUGCGCCCGCUGCCCCUUCGGUAUUCCUGAACUGGCACGCUGCACGCCCACUCAGGAUACCCAGUGUGAUUGCGGUGAACGUUUCUUCCUGUGGCGGGAUGGUAACAGCACAAGUGGGCUGUGCGCGGCCUGUAGCAUGUGUGGGCAUGGAAGCGGAGUGGUUCGGGCCUGUGGGCCGCUGGGAAAUACCGUAUGUGAGCGGUGUAAACCAGGGACUUACUCAAAGGAGAGGAGUGACAGGAAACCCUGCGUGCCCUGCUCACGCUGUAGUGAUGACGAGGUGGAGAUCAGACCCUGCCAGCCGGACUCUGACACUGUCUGCAUGGUAAAAGAUCUCAACAUCCUGUCCCGUCCAUCUGGUUCUGAUGGUCCGCGUGAAUACCCCCGAUGGCCGACUCUGAAUGAGGAAACCGAGAACAGGAGCAGCCCAGCACCAGGGUCUGAAUCCCCUCGACUCACUCCACAGGACCAAGGGGGUAACAACAACAACAUCCUUGUCUACGUGUCUGUACUGGCUGCAGUGGUGCUCGGCCUCCUGCUCUACGUUGCCUACAAAUGCUGGAAGUCAUGUCAGCAGAAGCAGGCUCUGGUGAAAGCACGGGUUGGCGAGUUGAAUAAUGUCGGGGAAGGAGAGAAAUUACACAGCGACAGUGGCGUGUUCCUGGACUCUCACAGCCUUCAGGAAAGCCAGCCUAGCAAAGGCAGUAAACGAGACAGCAAACAGGACACGCGGCUUUAUGUGAACCUGCCGCCCCACAGGAAGGAUGAGGUACAGGGGCUUCUCGCAGAGGGGGACAAUCGAAGCUGGAGGCAGCUGGCAGCCGCACUUGGUUACGAACAGGACCGCGUGGACGUCUUUGGACGGGGCCAGGACCCUAUCCACACCCUCUUAACUGAUUGGGCCCAACAGGAAGGCUCCACAUUGGGUCUGCUCUGCUCCGCUCUCGCACGCAUUGAACGGCCGGACAUCAUCAGCGCCCUCACCGCCCCCUCUCAAGGAGUGUCAGUGGUCUGAAUACUUGAAUAUGUUUCUUACGCCCUCAUGAAAGUGAAAGAGACACUAAAACCAUAGAGGAAGAGCGUCAACUGACUCAUUUUCGAAUGCCUUGCACUAAGACUUUGAAGAGCAGAAUUGGAAAUAAGGUUUUUAAUUCAACAUAAUGUUUCCCUUACGAAUUUUGUUUCAACAGCUUGAGAUGUUCCAUCACCUCAGAACAUUUUCUGCUCAAGACAGAUGUUUCCUCCAGUAUUCAUGGGAAGUUUAUGCUCCAUACUAUCCUCUUUGUAGUGUCAAAACAAACUCUUGUUUUCUCCGAGACACAUUCAUGCUGAACAUUUUCAUUGUCAGUGUUUUGGGUGGUUGUGGCUUCAGCUGUGGUUGGUAUCAAAGACGUGGACAUUUCGUGAACAUUUCUGCGGCCUCGUGAAUGACAGUUUUCCAUUUGUGCGGAACGCAAGCAUCAUGCAUGCGAUUCAAUCGUGCUUUUGUAUUUAUAUUUCAGCGCUUCAGCCGUUUAAACUGUCAAUACCGAAGCUAGAUAGAGUAUUUAGCUUUUAUCAAGGGCAACAUAACACUGUGAGGUGUUUUAUGGUUUCCAGAGAGGAAAACCACUAAAUGGGCUGCACGAGUGACUUGUAUAUUUGGAAAUAUACAGAUACACGGUCAAGUUGCCUGAGCGAAUGAUUCUCUUUGACAAAAAAUGUGUCUCAUUCACACUAGUGCUUGGUUUGCACUUUAACCAACAAUGCAACCUAAAAGCAAUGUUAUGUUUUUGUGAGUUAUAUGAGAGGAAAACUCUCUGGUGCCUUUACUUUGAAUGCUCAGGUUUGUGCUUUGCUGGUUUACUCUACCAUGUAUGUAUUUUAAGGUCAUUCUGUAUGUUAGUGCGUAGUUAUAGAUGAGACUUGAUGGUUUCUGUGCUGAGAUGCUUUUCAUGUUAAUAACAUUCAUGUUAUGUAUCUAUCACUUAUGGUUGUCCUUUUUAAUAAUGAAAGAUUGAUUUAUAGGUAUCUUUUGUAUUUAAAAAAAUAAAAUAAAAAUAAAUAAUACAUUGUGUGAGAAAAGAAAUAGUAUUUUAUGACCCUGAGGAUUUAUAAUGGUGCAGUGUUAUAAUGAAAACAAGAUCUGAACUUGGAAUUACAGAAAAUAUCUUGCAUUUCAAAAGCCUUUUCUGCACCAUUAACCCAAACAGUCAAAUCUGGAGCCGCUGGGUCUGAUUACGCUCUUGUUGUUGUCUUGAAGCAGAAUGCUCUAAAAAAAGAGCUUUAAAACCAUAGCAAAAGGUGAA